AUUAACAAGCAACAGUACAGUGUUGCUGCGAACGAACCGCUCGAGUCUUUCACUUCCCCUUGAAUUAAUGGCGAGCAGCUUGGCGGUGAAUCGUUUUGCUUUCGUUUUACGGAACACGGAAAAAAGAGUUGCGAAAUUUCACUCCUCCUUGUCCGCAAGUUGUAGAGCUUCCAAGUUUAAUAAUGUUUGGACAAGAAAUUGCUCCGUUUCUUAUCCCGAUACAGUCAUCGUUGCCAAUGACGAAAAGUACGGUAACAAACAGAUUAUCAGUAUCACUCCUCAUCUUUACGACUACAUCCUCCAAAAUGUUCGCGAGCCUCAGGUUCUACGGCAACUUCGUGAGGAAACAGCUAGCAUGCGCGGUAGCCAGAUGCAGGUGUCUCCCGAUCAAGCACAACUGCUUGCUAUGCUUGUUCAAAUUCUUGGGGCAAAACGCUGUAUAGAAGUCGGUGUUUAUACUGGAUACUCAUCAUUGGCUAUUGCAUUAGUUCUACCUGAAUCAGGUUGUUUGGUGGCCUGUGAAAGAGAUGCUAGAUCUCUUGAAGUUGCCAAAAAGUAUUAUGAGCUAGCGGGUGUUUCACACAAGGUAAACGUUAAACAUGGACUGGCUGCCGAUGCCCUGAAAUCUCUGAUUCUGAGUGGUGAAGCUUCCAGCUAUGAUUUUGCAUUUGUUGAUGCUGAAAAGAGAAUGUAUCAGGAAUACUAUGAAUUAUUACUACAGCUGGUUAGAGUUGGAGGAGUCAUCGUGAUUGAUAAUGUCCUCUGGCAUGGAAAAGUUGCUGAUCCUAUGCAGGUAAAAGAUAAUAAGACUGUCAGCAUUAGGAAGUUCAAUAAAAGUCUAAUGGAGGACAAGCGUGUGAGCAUCAGUAUGGUACCCAUUGGAGAUGGCAUGACAAUCUGCCGGAAACUUUGAUCGGCUGUAGCUAAAAACUGACAAUAGUUCUUGAUUCUCAGACUUGCUCCAUAAGGGAAUUUUCGGAAGCACAUUAUGCAGUCAGUACUCUGAGGAUGGUCACUAUACUCUUGUUUGAAGGUGUGAUCAAUUCAGCAGUUUCCAUAAACAAUUUGCACAUCCACAAAGAAGCAUGUCAAGAUGGGGUCUAAUUAACCAUGUGCAGGCCUUGCAGUGUACUGUGUACUCUGAGGAUGGCUACUAUUGUUGAAAUACAGAUCUUAAAUUGAAAAUGAUUUUUUAUGCAUGCUCCUAAUGAUAAAUUUUGUUCCAGGGUAGGAAUCAGGGAUGAGAAAUUUGGAGUUGACCUUGUGCAAGGGGCAUCAGGGAUCUUUGGGUUGUUUCUGUAACCUAAAGAAUAAAGAUUAAAGAAAUAUUUUUUUGUCAAUAGAUGUUUGUUAGAGGAA